UUCUCAUCUUUGAAUUCAGUCUCUUUAGUCAGUUCAGUUAAACAGGUGAGCGCCAUGCAUGGCUUCCCUUCUAUAAAUAGCUCCAUUUGCUAACCCACAAUCAAGAAGCAUCGAUCCUCUCUAGUUCUUGCAUAUCGACAGCAUCGAGUUCGUGUUCGUGUUCUUCAGUUAUCGAAAUGGUUGCCGAGCUGAACGUAAAGCAGAGGGAAGCAACUCUAGUGGUGCCGGCGGCGGAGGAGACACAGAAGGGCCUCUACUUCCUCAGCAACCUGGAUCAGAACAUUGCGGUUGUAGUGCAGACAAUUUAUAGCUUCAAGUCAGGGGAGAAGGGGAACGGCACGGCGGCGAGGGUGAUCAAGGAGGCUCUGGCCAAAGUGCUCGUGCACUACUACCCGCUCGCCGGUCGCCUUACCCUCAGCGCCGAGGGGAAGUUGAUUGUAGACUGCACCGGCGAGGGCGCGGUGUUCGUCGAGGCUGAAGCCGACUGCGAGAUGGAAGACAUCGGAGACAUUGGGAUUAAGCCUGAUCCGGCCACGCUGGGGAAGCUCGUUUAUAACGUUCCUGGUGCCAAGAACAUAUUGGAGAUACCUCCAUUGGUUGUUCAGUUAACGACUUUUACUUGCGGGGGAUUCGUCUUGGGGUUGUCGAUGAACCACUGCAUGUUCGACGGCCUCGGCGCGAUGGAGUUCGUGAACUCGUGGGGCGAGACGGCGCGCGGGCUGCCGCUGUCGGUGCCGCCGUUCGUCGACCGCACGGUUCUGCGGGCGCGCGAUCCGCCGGUGAUCGGCUUCCCCCACCACGAGUUCGCGGAGAUCGAGGACGUCUCGGAGUCGGCGGCGCUGUACCAGAAGGAGGAGAUGCUGUACCGCUCGUUCUGCUUCGACCCCGACAAGCUGGAGGCGGUGAAGCGGCGGGCGACGGAAGGCGCCGGCUCGCCGACCAAGUGCACCACCUUCGAGGCCCUGGCGGGCCUCGUGUGGCGCGCGCGCGCGCAGGCGCUGGGGCUGCGCGCAGGGCAGCGGACCAAGCUGCUCUUCGCGGUCGACGGGCGUCUGCGCUUCGAGCCGCCGCUGCCAAAGGGCUACUUCGGCAACGGCAUCAUGCUCACCAACGCGCUGUGCACGGCAGGGGAGCUCCUGGAACGGCCGCUGGGAUUCGCGGUGGGACUGGUGCAGGAGGCGGUGAGGAUGGUGACGGAGGAGUACAUGCGGUCCGCCAUAGACUACUUCGAGGCGACCAGGGCGCGGCCUUCGCUGACGGCGACGCUGCUGAUCACCACCUGGUCCCGUCUGUCGUUCCACACCACGGACUUCGGGUGGGGCAAGCCGAUUCAGUCGGGGCCGGUGGCGCUGCCUGAAAAGGAAGUGAGCUUGUUCCUGGCGCAUGGCAAGGAGAGGAAGAGCAUCAACGUCCUGCUGGGGCUCCCGAGCUCAGCAAUGGAGAGAUUCCAAGAGCUGGUGGAGAUAUAGAUGUGGAUGGUGGUUAUUGUGCUUAAUUAUGAAUAGAAUAAGCUUGAGGCGGAUAACCUAAACUGAAAGUAAUGAACUUAAAAAGUAUAUGUAAGUCUGAUCAAGGAGUUUGGAGGUUAGUGAUAUAGUAUGUUUUGUAAGGGAAUCUAGAGGUAAUAUAAAAUUGAUGGUUAAAAUGAUGUAAUAAUUAAAGUAAAGCUGCACUUAUCAAGAUAAAUUACCACUUA